AUGUUCAUUACAUUGGUGGUCAGUGGGAAGAAAGUCCCUUACAUUGGUGGUCAGUGGGAAGAAUGCUCAUUACAUUGGUGGUCAGUGGGAAGAAAGUCCCUUACAUUGGUGGUCAGUGGGAAGAAAUUCCCUUACAUUGGUGGUCAGUGGAAAGAAUGCUCAUUACAUUGGUGGUUAGUGGGAAGAUUGUCCCUUACAUUGGUGGUUAGUGGGAAGAUUGUCCCUUACAUUGGUGGUCAGUGGAAAGAAUGUCCCUUACAUUGGUGGUCAGUGGAAAGAAUGUCCCUUACAUUGGUGGUCAGUGGGAAGAAUGUCCCUUACAUUGGAGUACAGUGUAAAGAAUGUUCCUUACAUUGGUGGUCAGUGGGAAGAAUGUCUCUUACAUUGGUGGACAGUGAGAAGAAUGCCCCUCACAUUGGUGGUUAGUAGGAAGAAAGUUCCUUACAUUGGUGGUCAGUGGGGUGAUGGUCCCCUACAUUGGUGCCUAGUGGGAAGAAUGGCCCUUAGCUUGGUGCUCAAGUAGAAGAAUGCUCCUGACAUUAUGAUUUUGUGAUAAAAUGU